AUGCUAUUGUCAAUAGAUUUCGCGAUUCAGUGGUUUAGCUUCAGCAUCUCCCUCGCUGUGACUGUGAAUUUUCUUGGGUGGAUACUCGACUUGGAAGCCAUCUUCACCUGCUCACGUUUGAUCACCCGCUUUCAUCGUGUAAAUGACACACCUGCUGCCUGCAUUUUUAAGCUUCACUGUGAAUAUUGA